AUGAAUUCUGAGCAUGAAUUCGAUAUCGAGGAGUUGCCUGCGGAUCAGCGCGCGUCGGCCAGCCAGAAAUAUCGAAAACCACUCUUCUACGUAGCACGAUCAGCGAUAUGGAUUGGUUAUCUGUAUUUCCUGAUCCGCACACUAGCACUACUCUCUAGUCUCCAAAGAACUUGGCAGAUGUGGACAAUGCUAGGAGUGGAGUUGACUUUUGCUCAUCUGGCUAGAAAGGAGCACCUCCGCUCUGUAACUUCUAGCAAGGUUGCGGAAGGUGGCCCGCGAAAGAGACUUCGGUUGAAGGGUACCGAAAACCUACCCCGAGUGGAUGUUCUACUCCCAUGCUGCGGAGAGCCUGUCGAUGUCAUUAUGGACACAGUCCGAGCAGCUUGUACCAUGGAUUACCCCAUUACUAAAUUCCGCGUCCUGCUCCUAGACGAUGGAGGCUCAGCUUUAUUAAAGAAAGCCAUAUCUGACUUACAGCCUCAAUGGCCACACCUCUCCUACCAUUCCCGGGGCAGGCAGUCGGGUCAAGUAUUUGCAAAAUCUGGAAACCUGAAUUACGCUCUAACCACACUACAAAAUGAAGAUCCGCCAGAGUUUUGUGCAGUGCUUGACGCAGACUCAAUUCCAAAUCGGGAGUUUCUUCGAGCAAUUUUGCCCCAUCUACUACUAAACCCUGACUCGGCCCUUGUUUCAACCCGUCAGUUCUUUUCAAAUCUCCCGGAGGGUGAUCAGCUGUCCCAGGCAAGAUGCCACUUCUAUACCUGCCAGAAUGCGGAAUUAGAUAUCUUGGGUCGUGCUAUAGAUGCAGGCUCUGGUGCAGUGUUUCGGAGACAGUCUAUUGUUCAAGUUGGAAUGUAUCCGACAUUUUCUUUCUCUGAAGAUUGGCAACUCUCGUUAGUUCUGCAAGGGAUGGGCCAUCGGACUAUGCAAGUCCAAGAACCUUUGCAGUAUGGACUCGUUCCUACCUCUCUGACUGGGCAUAUUGCGCAGCGCAGCAGAUGGAAUAUCGGUCAUGCGCAGCAAGUGGUCGCUAUGCUUUCCUCGAAAGCCCCUUGCUUGCCGAAGUCUCUUCGAAUGAAGAUUGCUUGGAACGGCGCUGGAAUAGUGGGAGGCGAGUUGGGCUGUCUUCUUGCGUUUGCUGUGAUUCCGGUGCUUUUGCUCUCUGGGAAAGUUAUCCCAAAUGUUUCACCCCUUUGGAUCAAUCUUCAACUCCUCUUGGCCGGGAUUUCUAUGUUCUUGACAUGGUUGUAUGAGUACAUCCAGGCUGCUCAUACGGGAUUUGAAAGUGCACCGUUUGCUCACUUAGAAAAUAAAUGGCAGGCUGGUGGUGAUAAGCCAAAGGGAUCAUUCGUGACUGGCAGCACUGCGAAUUCCUGGAAUCGAGCCACCAAAUUGCCUUCAUACAUGAAGUUUUGUAGAGAGUUGUUGCAGAAUGGCAUUCUGUGCAACGUCGUGACGUUGAUCAUGACACUGAGUGUGAUAUUCUACUCCACAGCAACUAUAUUGACCCCGGGCAAUCAAGAUGCAACAACGGAAAUAUUUACUUCGAUUGCUUGGCCACCAUUGCUUCAUAUCUGUUACCUGAGCAUUUCAAGCAAUUGGGUACCAGUCGCAUAUCUACUCAAGCCUCCACAGUACCCUGAUCGAAACUCUCAAGCCUCCCAGAGUGAACUCCAGAAGAAAGAUUUGCGCCAAAACAAGUGGUCUAUUCUAGACAAAGCUGGGAGGGAUAUGGCUCAUUUUGGAAGCAGAUUAGAUCUUGUAGAUGAGGCUGACCUAUGA